AUUCAACAUGCGCUUCAACAGAAUUCCGUUGCGCAGAUGGGCUUUGCAUUGGAAAAUCAGCCCAGUGCAACCAGAUCAUUGAUUGUGCAGAUGCUUCGGAUGAAAAGAACUGUAAUAAUACAAACUGUGCUUACUUCUAUAAACUUGGAAUAAAAUCGUCAGGAUUUAUUAGCUGUAAUUCAACUUCUCUCUGCAUACUGCCAGAAUGGAUGUGUGAUGGCUCUAAUGACUGCGGAGAUUAUACAGAUGAACUGAGAUGCCCAGUUCAAAACAAACCCACAUGUGAAGAAAAUUAUUUUGGUUGUCCUAGUGGAAGAUGUAUUCUGACCACCUGGCUUUGUGAUGGGCAGAAAGACUGUGAGGAUGGAAUAGAUGAAUUGCACUGUGAUUCAUCUUGUUCAUGGAAUCAGUUCGCUUGCUCUGCAAACAAGUGUAUCUCUAAGCAAUGGACUUGUGAUGGUGAGGAUGACUGUGGAGAUGGUUUAGAUGAGAGUGAUGCUAUUUGUGGUUCAGUGACCUGUGCAGCAGAUACGUUCAGUUGCUUGGGCUCCCGCGCCUGUGUCCCCCGGCACUGGCUUUGUGACGGUGAAAGAGACUGUCCUAACGGAAGCGAUGAACUGUCAACAGCAGGCUGUGCUCCUAAUAACACUUGUGACGAGAAUGCUUUCAUGUGCCAUAACAAAGUCUGCAUUCCCAAACAGUUUGUAUGUGACCAUGAUGAUGACUGUGGAGAUGGAUCAGAUGAAUCUCUGGAAUGUGGCAAGUAUAACAAAAGGUAUCGUCACUGUCGUCCUGGAGAGUUCACUUGUGCUGAUGGAAGAUGCCUUUUAAAUUCGCAGUGGCAAUGUGACGGUGAUUUUGACUGCCCAGACCAUUCUGACGAAGCACCGAUAAACAUAAAAUGCAAAAGUUCAGAGCAGUCAUGUAACAACUCUUUUUUUAUGUGCAAAAGUGGCAAGUGUAUUCCUCAAAGUGAUGUUUGUGAUAGCAAAGAAGAUUGUAGUGAUGGAUCUGAUGAGAAAAGCUGCUACAUUAAUGAAUGCCUCAGUAAGAAAGUUAGCGGCUGUUCUCAAGAUUGUCAGGAUCUUCCUGUUGGAUACAAGUGCAAAUGUUGGCCUGGAUUCUUGCUGAAGGAUGAUGGCAAAACCUGUAUAGAUAUUGAUGAAUGUUCAUCUGGAUUUCCCUGUAGCCAGCAAUGCAUCAAUACGUAUGGAACCUACAAAUGCUUGUGUGCAGAUGGGUAUGAAAUACAACCUGAUAACCCAAAUAGCUGCAAAUCCCUUUCAGAUGAGGAACCUUUCUUAAUUCUGGCUGAUCAUCAUGAAAUAAGAAAAAUUAGCACUGAUGGAUCCAACUACACUUUGUUGAAACAGGGGCUGAACAAUGUGAUUGCAAUAGACUUCGACUAUAGAGAAGAGUUCAUCUAUUGGAUUGAUUCCAGCAGACCAAAUGGUAGUCGCAUAAACAGAAUGUGUUUAAAUGGAAGUGACAUCAAGGUAGUCCACAACACGGCUGUUCCCAAUGCACUGGCCGUUGAUUGGAUUGGGAAGAAUCUCUAUUGGUCUGAUACUGAAAAGAGAAUUAUUGAGGUGUCUAAACUCAAUGGCUUAUACCCUACCGUCCUUGUGAGCAAAAGAGUGAAGUUUCCUAGAGAUCUGUCUUUAGAUCCUCAAGCUGGAUACUUAUACUGGAUUGAUUGUUGUGAGUAUCCUCACAUUGGCCGUGUUGGCAUGGAUGGCUCCAGUCAAACAGUUGUCAUAGAAACACAGAUAUCUAGACCUAUGGCUCUUACAAUAGAUUAUGUCAACCACAGACUCUAUUGGGCUGAUGAAAAUCAUAUUGAGUUUUCUGACAUGGAUGGAUCUCGUAGACAUAAAGUCCCUAAUCAAGAUAUUCCAGGGGUGAUUGCACUAACGUUGUUUGAAGACUACAUUUACUGGACAGACGGGAAAACCAAAUCGCUCAGCCGUGCCCACAAAACUUCUGGAUCAGACAGACUGUCACUGAUUAACUCAUGGCAUCCCAUAACAGACAUCCAGGUGUACCAUUCUUAUAGGCAACCUGAUGUGUCUAAACAUCUGUGUACAAUAAACAAUGGUGGUUGUAGUCACUUAUGCCUCCUAGCCCCUGGCCAGAGGUAUACUUGUGCCUGCCCCACUAACUUUUACCUCGCCGCGGAUAACAAGACGUGCCUAUCGAACUGCACCGCCAGUCAGUUCCGUUGCAAGACUGACAAAUGUAUUCCAUUCUGGUGGAAAUGUGACACUGUGGAUGACUGUGGAGAUGGCUCUGAUGAGCCUGAGGAAUGUCCUGAAUUCAGAUGUCAGCCAGGGCGUUUUCAGUGUGGAACUGGACUCUGUGCUCUUCCAGCUUUUAUCUGUGAUGGAGAGAAUGAUUGUGGAGACAAUUCUGAUGAACUGAACUGUGACACACAUGUGUGUCUGUCAGGUCAGUUCAAGUGCACAAAGAAUCAGAAGUGUAUUCCAAUAAAUCUCAGAUGCAAUGGACAGGAUGACUGUGGUGAUGAAGAAGAUGAAAGAGACUGUCCUGAAAACAGUUGUUCUCCAGACCACUUCCAGUGUAAAACAACAAAGCACUGCAUUUCGAAGCUGUGGGUGUGUGAUGAAGACCCAGAUUGUGCUGAUGGAUCAGAUGAAGCCAACUGUGGUGAGUAG